AUGCAAUACAUAUUGAUAUUUAUGAAAAAAAUUUCAUUAAACUGUCGAGGAAGUUUAUUAUUUACAAUAACAUUUCCAUUUUUACCUGUUUAUCGUCUAGCAUGUAUAACUGAUAUUCCGCGAAAUAAUGAAAAUAUUCAAACUUGUUCAAAUCUUCAACGUACUCAUGCUGUUAUACAAAAAACAUAUCAACAAUCAACAACAAUUGUUAAAAUGAUCAAUGCAUCAGAUCGUUGUCAGCAUAUAAAUAAAUUAUUUAAUAAAACUUUUACUCAAUUUCAUCUAAUUAAAUAUUAUCAUUUACCAUGUCAAAUAUAUUCAUCAAAUCUUUCUUGUUUUUAUGAUAAUAUUCAUUUUUGUCUAUGUUAUGAUUAUGGACAAAAAUGUUUAUCGAAUUGUUUUAACUUUAAUCAUAAUAUGACAUUUGAUUGUUUAGGUCAAAGUGUUUGUGACAAUGAUGGCCAAUGUUUUCAAGACAAACCUGAUUGUCCACAAAGAACAAUGUGUAUUUAUCCAGCAUGUUUUUUUGGAACACGAUGUCAAUUUCGUAGAAAUGAAUUUGGUUUAUCACUUAAUGCUAUCUUAGGUUAUCAUAUUCUGCCACAUAUUAGUAUUAUAUAUAAAUCAAAAAUUGUUAAAAUUAGUUUUGCAUUAACUAUAAUCUUUAUAACAGCAGGAUUUACUAAUGGUGUUCUUGCUUUAAUAACAUUCAAAAAUAAAAAUAUAUGUGAAGUUAGUUGUGGUUUGUAUCUAUUAGGUUCAUCAAUUACUACUUUGCUUGUUACAAUAUUCUUUGGAUUAAAAUUUUGGAUAUUUCUCCUUGCACAAAUGACAUAUAUAUAUCGAAUCGAUUUUAUUUUACGAAUUUGUCUUAAUAUGGAUUAA